AUGAGGGAUGGGAUUGGAUGUCUGAGAAGGGGAGGGGUGGGUCGAAAUGAGGGAAGUGAUUGGAUGUCUGAGAAGGGAAGUUGGAAGGUGGAUGCCCGUGUGUGGAUAGGGAAGGGGAGCGGGAGGGAUGGGAUGGGAUGGGGUGGCCUGUUAGUAGAGGGGAGAGUGUGGUUCACAGUAGAGAUGGGAUUGGAUGUUGAGGAAGGGGUGGAGAGGGUUCCCGGGGGGGAUGGGAUUGGAUGCCUGUGUGCGGGCAGAGGCUGGUUUAAGGGAGGGGAUGGGAUGGAUGCCCGGGAAGGGGAGGGGUGGUUUUUGCUGGAGGGAUGGGACUGGACACCGCGUGUGUGCGAUAGGCAUGUUGGUGCUGCCGUCCAGUUCCUGGCCAUUGAGCGGCAUGAGCGGGUGCUCACCAAGACGAGCAGAACCAUGACUGUCGGUGAACCACACGACGGCGCUUGGUCUUCCUACAAGCUUGCGCUGGGUGACGAGGUGAUGCGGAGGUUCUCAGGGGAGCUGGUUCGGGCGGGGAUCGGGGUGUCGACCCUGCAGGUGCACACGGCCGUUGCGAUACCACCGCACACGCGGAUGGACACCCGAGACCACGGGCAGCUGGUGAAGGCUGCCCCCGAUGAGCACAAGUUCAGCCACAUCCGCAUCCAAGGGGGCGGGGCUGAGUGGUACAGCAAGCUCCUCAUUCUCUUCCAGUUCACGGGGCCCAACGGUGCUAGAGUGCAGAGGGCUUUUGUGAAAUACUACGAUGAGGUCUCGCCACCAUGUCCCGUGACCGGGUGCUUACGCCUUGUGCCUACGACGGGGGAUGACGAGUGUUCGGUGAUCGAGGUGGAUUGCAUCCUAGCCCUUGCGCACAUCGUACCCUCUUUCACGCACUCCAACAUCCUGCUAGUGAAUCGGUUCCUCUUCUGA